CGCAUAAUACUCAAGUCAGCUGACUUCAGACGCCAUUUUGUCAGCCAUUUCCUACACUGAUCCAUUGCCAGCGUCUCUGCACAGCACAGGGACGCCCCGUCUGGCCUCAGCUUCAUCUCAGCCGGGCUUUGGUGAACAGCGGCGGAUCCUGCACACACGGGUCCCCGGGGGUGGAUGAGAGACAGUCUUAGAGGGUCGGUCGGUCGGCACCCACUUUUAGACCCCCCCCCUCCCCACACGCACACCUACCCUCUGGAAGUGCGCUUGGUCCCCCGGCAGGACAGAAGCGGUACGAGUCAGAGACAGUCAUGGCUUUGAAGAUUGUCAAAGGGAGCAUCGAUCGGAUGUUCGAUAAAAACCUUCAGGAUUUAGUACGUGGCAUCAGGAAUCACAAGGAAGACGAGGCCAAGUACAUCUCCACAUGCAUCGAUGAGAUCAAACAGGAGCUCAAGCAGGACAACAUCGCUGUCAAAGCCAAUGCAGUGUGCAAGCUCACCUACCUUCAGAUGCUGGGCUAUGAUGUCAGCUGGGCCGCUUUCAACAUCGUUGAAGUCAUGAGCUCCUCCAAGUUCACAUACAAGAGGAUUGGCUACCUGGCGGCCUCGCAGUGCUUUCAUGAGAGCACCGAUGUCAUCAUGCUGACAACCAAUCAGAUUCGAAAGGAUCUUAGCAGUCCCAACCAGUAUGACACAGGUGUUGCCCUCACUGGCCUCUCUUGUUUUGUGACGCCUGACCUGGCUCGGGAUCUGGCCAAUGACAUCAUGACACUGAUGUCCCACACUAAACCCUACAUCAGAAAGAAAGCGGUGUUGAUCAUGUACAAGGUGUUUCUAAAGUACCCAGAGUCCCUGCGUCCCGCUUUCCCCAGGCUCAAGGAGAAACUGGAGGACCCAGACCCAGGUGUCCAGUCCGCUGCAGUUAAUGUCAUCUGUGAGCUAGCUCGGAGAAAUCCCAAGAACUAUCUGUCUCUGGCUCCACUCUUCUUCAAACUCAUGACCUCCUCCACCAAUAACUGGGUUCUCAUUAAGAUCAUCAAGCUAUUUGGGGCGCUCACACCACUGGAACCACGGUUGGGAAAGAAGCUGAUCGAACCUCUGACAAACCUAAUCCACAGUACCUCUGCCAUGUCUCUGCUGUAUGAAUGUGUCAACACUGUGAUUGCAGUGUUGAUCUCCUUGUCCUCUGGGAUGCCUAACCACAGUGCUAGUAUCCAGCUCUGUGUGCAGAAACUGCGAAUCCUGAUAGAAGACUCGGACCAGAACUUGAAGUACCUGGGCCUGCUGGCUAUGUCAAAGAUCCUGAAGACCCACCCCAAGUCAGUGCAGUCUCAUAAGGACCUUAUCCUCCAGUGUCUGGAUGACAAGGAUGAGUCCAUCCGCCUGAGAGCUCUAGACCUGCUCUAUGGCAUGGUAUCCAAAAAGAACUUGAUGGAGAUUGUAAAGAAGCUGAUGCUGCACGUGGACAAAGCAGAAGGAACCACCUACAGAGACGAACUGCUCACCAAGAUCAUCGACAUCUGCAGCCAGAGCAACUACCAGUAUAUCACCAACUUUGAAUGGUACAUCAGUAUCUUGGUGGAGCUGACCCGAUUAGAGGGCACACGGCAUGGCCACCUCAUUGCCUCUCAGAUGCUGGACGUGGCUAUUCGGGUCAAAGCCAUCCGAGUCUUUGCUGUUGCCCAGAUGGCCACGCUGCUGGACAACGCUCACCUGUUGACAGGCAACAUGCAACGAAUGGGCAUCUGUGAAGUGUUGUAUGCCGCUGCCUGGAUCUGCGGUGAAUUCUCAGAACACCUGGAGAAUCCGAUGCAGACACUAGAGGCCAUGCUGCGGCCUAAGGUGGCCACCCUACCGGGCCACAUCCAGGCAGUGUAUGUGCAGAACGCAGCCAAGCUGUUUGCAACCGUGCUGAAGAGCCAGGAGGGAAACACAGACAGCACGGCAGCACAGGAAACCAGCCAGCUGAUGAUAGACAGACUGCCACUGUUUGUCCAGAGCGCCAACCUGGAGGUGCAGGAGAGGGCGUCUUGCAUCCUGCAGCUGGUCAAGUACAUCCAGAAACUGCAGCAGAAGGAUGUAGAAAUAGCAGAGGAAGUCAGCGCUCUGUUCGCUGGAGAACUCAACCCUGUAGCCCCCAAGGCACAGAAGAAAGUGCCUGUUCCUGACGGUCUGGACUUGGAUGCCUGGAUCAAUGAGCCUCCAUCUGAGAGCGAGUCUGAGGAUGAGCAACCCAAGGCUAUUUUUGCCAAGGAGGAGACCAAACACUCCCGCCCCCGUCACACAGAGGUGGACGAGAAGGAGCUGGCAAGGAGGAGAGAAGCAAGAAAGCAGGAGCAAGCCAACAACCCGUUCUACAUCAAGGCCUCCCCAUCCUCUCAGAAGGUGUACCAGGAAGCCCCUGGAGUGGAGCACAUCCCAGUCGUGCAGAUUGACCUCAGUGUGCCUCUAAAAGUCCCAGGUCUGCCCAUGUCUGACCAGUAUGUGAAACUGGAGGAGGAGCGUCGGCAGAAAGAGAAAGCAGAGAAGAAGAAGAAGGAGAAAAAGAAGAGGAAAGAAAAGCGCAGCGGACGAGGGAAGAAACAUGAUUCAGGCCCAGAGAGCGAGGAGGACAUCACGCCUGCGCACAUGGUCGACAUUGUUACCGAGGAGAUGCCGGAGAAUGCCUUACCCAGUGAUGACGAUGACAAGGACCCCAAUGACCCUCAUAAAGCACUGGACAUCGACCUGGACAACUUGGUGAAGGAAGCUGCACGCAGGCCGCUUGCAGACAGUGAGAAGUUACCUGUCAGGUCACACCGUGCAGCAGAGGCUCCAAAAAGCCCAGCAGAAGAUGGAGAUGCAGAGAAUGCUGUCUCACAGGAGCCCAAGAAGAAAAGCAGCAAAGAAAAGCGAGAGAAGAAGAAGGAUAAAGACAGGGAUAGGAAGAAGAGCAAAGAAGAGAAGAAGAAGAAGAAACACAAACAUGAAGAAAAGGGGGAGGAUCUCCUCGGGGUUCAGGCAGACGAGCUUGUUGCCCAAUCAGAAGAAACCAGUGAGGUGGCUGCAGUGCCCACCUCAACCAGUGCUGAGGUUUCGGAUCUGGAUUUCUGGCUCUCAAAUGCUCCAGUGCCCUCUAACACCCAGGAAGCAGCAACAGUAGCAGCAGCAGAAGCAGCCCCCGUACCUGAGGCAGCCUCUGGCACACUGCCAGACUCUGAGCCUGACGAGCCCAAAGACACCGAGAUGGAGGACACUAAGUCUUCCAAGCACAAGAAGAAGAAGCAGAAAAAGGAGAAGGAAGAGAAGGAGAAGAAGAAGAAGAAGAAGCAUCAUCACCAUCAUCACCACAGUGAUGGAGGUGGUGAGGAAUCAGUGCAGAAUGGCACUGUGGAGGAAGAAGAGCCUCUGCCGCCCAUGUCCAAUUACUGCCUGCUGGCUGAGAACUCCUACAUCAAGAUGAUGAUGGAGGAUGCUGAUGAGGUGUAUGACAUCCAGGGAAACCUACAGGAUGGCAGUCAGGUGGUGGUGUCUGUUAUAUUUGAAAACAAGUGUGACAGCUUCCUUAAAUCGAUGGAGUUCAACGUCCUGGAUUCUCUCAACUCCAAGCUGCAGAGGCCAGAAGGGUCGGGUCCACAUGACGGCCUCACCGUGCCCUUCCAACUUCCACCUGGGGUGUCCAAUGAGGCACGAUUUGUCUUCACUGUGCAGAGCAUCGUAAUGCCACAGAAACUGAAGGGGACCCUCACCUUCAUCGUGAAGAAUGAGGAAUCCUCCACUCAUGAGAAACUGGACUUUAAACUGCACUUUACCUGCACCUCCUACCUAAUCACUACUCCUUGCUACAGUGAUGCAUUUGCAAAGCUGCUGGAGUCAGGCGACCUGAAAGGCAGCUCUGUCAGACUGGAGGGAGUCAACAUGCCCUUCCACCACCUACUAGCCAGGAUCUGCUUCCAUCACCAUUUCUCUGUUGUGGAGCGGAUUGACUCCUGCGCCUCCAUGUACAGCAGGUCUAUCCAGGGUCACCAUGUUUGUCUGCUGGUCAAAACUUCUGGUCAGACAGUGUCAAUUGACGCUAAAUGUGAUGAGCCGACGCUGCUUGGGAACGUGCUGGAUGAGAUCAAGCAGACCUUCUCUCAGUGCUGAUUGUGUCCGACAGCCCCAGGGUGCCCCUGACCCCCCUCCUCCCCCAUGCCACCACCUCCUACUUCGCUGAAACACAACAUAAUCAUGUUAUGAAAACACUGCGGCUGGCACUUCCGGUAUCGCCCUAUUUAUUAGUCCUGAGAUUCGCAAGAUUUCUUUCCCCCUACCUUCUUCUUCAGUGUCCCCACACUCUGUUCCUCUGCACUCUGAGCUCUGUGGUCACUCCCCGACACUUGAUGUUGUUUUACAGACUCACUGUGUACAUGCGCCGUCUUCUCUGCAAUGCAGUUUCAUUUUUAGAUCCUGGUUUUUGAACCCUAACAGCUCUCACCCUGUCCCUCCCUGACUCUGACUGUACUGAGCUCCUGUUUCUGGAUGCUCUGCGUCCUCUGCUCUUUCCUGUGUACCUCUCCACCCUCCACUCUGUCGGCAAUUCAGUCUGUGACAGUCAUGUAAUGUAAUGUUGACAACUGGACUUUUGCUGUUGAUGGUUGAAUUGUGUUUUUAAUGUGUUGAAGGUUUUUUUGUCUUUUGGUUUGUUUUUUGUUUGUUGUUUUGUCUCGUUCUUUUUUUCUGUCUGAAGCCCGUCUGCGCCUUUCACCCUCUUAUUUCUGCUCACUCAACAUCAGUUUGUGUGCUGCUCAUCUGUCCUAGCUGGAAAAAUAUGGGGACUCUAACCUGCUCACCUACCACUGACCUGGUGCCUAAAGAAGACCAGACACUGAGCAGCUAGUGCGGAGAUGAAACCAAAGCUACAUAUAAGGCAUGGGGUUUUAAACUUCUUUCAGAGCCGUUGCCCUACUUGCCUUUUGGCAAGGCUCAGAGCAGAUCUGCUAGUGUUAGUUCAACAGAAUCCUUGUGUGGCACUACGGGUGAUUUGUAGAUCAGUGGUUUUGCUCUGUGCCUUAGCAGUGCAGUCUGACCUACUCUAGCAGAUCUUGAGCCCCACCUCCCUCCCCAAUAUAUCAACUUCAUGAUCAACUGUGCCAAGCUGCAGUUUGAUCCCCUCGAGAACUUGCAACAUAUCAUUCCUUUCAUGAGUCAAAGAAGAAUUUAGAGACGGGAGAGUUUGAAAAUUACUAAAAGAAACUCUGGAACCAGUGUGGAAGUAGACGCAGGACUGUUUCCUGUCAGGCUUUACCAGUGAGGGCCCCUGUCUGUGUCACCACCUGGUCAAGUUAGUGACACAAUAUGUUACGUCGCUGUCCUGCCUCGUUUCUCCGAAGAAGUCAAACUAUGACUGGCAAAGGGACAACAAAGUUACUCUAUCAACCUGUCUUUAUUCUUAAAAUCAGCUGCAUAUCAGGUUGCUGAAGUUGUUCUCUCUGUAAGCAGAGACUGUUAAGCGGUUUUAGGUUCCCUUUCAAUCAGUAUUAGGCGAGGAGGCCUCCACUAUAAGGAAGCAUCUACUCUGUCAGCAGCAUAAUGCAGUUUUGUCUGUCUUCAUGUGAAAUCAUGUGAAACCUUUACACCUGUGCCACUUCAUCUCAGUAGCUGCACGCAAGCUGGCCAACACCCAGCUGGCGUGCACCCAGAUAUAGACCCUGAUCUUCCUUUUCCCCUUCAGAAACUGCCUUGCCACUUUUUUUUUUUCUUCUUUUUUCGUUGGAAUGUUGUGAUGAACAUGAACGGCCAUUUUUUCUAAAGAAAUGGCCUCCUCUUAGAACUCUCUCAGAGGUACUUGAUGUUUUAGUUUGUGUUAUUCAUGUCUGAGGUCACUACUCGGUCCAGCACGACUUAUCCUAGUAGCAGCAAGAUAAAAACAGACUUGGUAGCCUCUCUGAUUAUAUUUACUGGUAAGGCCCUCUUUACAUCUGUCUGCUAUUGUAGAUAACAACUAUGAUGAUGAUGAUGUCUGGAUCAGAUCAGCCAUUCCAUAAGAUCUUCUGUCCAAUAGUAGUGUCUGAAUACAGAGGUGAUCGGCUGUAUUUCAGGAAUGUCAAUAGAAAAUAAGUAUGUAUGUAUUCCCUGUUCCUGAAAAUGACUGAUAUUAUGUGAAAAUGAAAAAAACAACUCCCCUAAUCAUACAUCGUCCUGAUUCUGAUCAUUUUCUUGUGCAUAAUAUUUGAUUAAAAUUUGUAUAUUGCAUGAUUAGGAAUGUACACUUUUUAUUUCCCUUAUUUUCUGUUCAUGCUUACACAAACAAAAACUUGUCAUUCCAUUUUGUCUUUUUUUUUCCCUUUUUUUGCUUUAUAGUUUUUUUUUAUGAAGUUUACUUCUCUAUUUUUGAUGGUAUUGUGUUUUUAUCUAUUCUAAGUUCAGACAAAAAAAAAAAGGUGAUAUCGUUGAAUGUUUUAAAUUAUUAAACACCGGGGAAGGAAGGGGGGGUUCUAUUUGGUGUCAUGACACUGAGGGCAUGGUGCUCAGAAUAAUAAAGUUGAGUAGAACAGGUCAUGUGAAGCAGUGUACUGAGAGGCAACCCACUGUCUUAAUUCUCUAUUGGUUCAGUUGUAGUGAGUUAUUUUACCAGGUUUGGCUUGUGACAUUGAAAUAUACUCUCAUAUGACUCUGAUUUCUGAAGGUCCUGUCUUUUUAUUUCCUCAUAUUCAAUUAUCAAGCUGUACAAUGUAAAAUGUUUUAAAGGGGACAACAUAAAUUAUCUACAUUCCCUUUAAAGAAAGUCCACCCAAAUUAAAAAUAAAGGCUGUAAGAAGCUG